AUGAAACCACCGGCCAACGGUUCUUUACUCCACGAUGUGGAUAUACCAACGAAGAAGGCGACAUUUGGCAUGGGGUGUUUUUGGUCCAACGACUCCUUAUUUGGCGCUACUCUAGGCAUCGUGCGCACUAGAGUGGGCUACGCGGGCGGUACAACAAAAAACCCACACUACAGAAAUUUAGGAGAUCAUACAGAAGUUAUAGAGUUAGACUUCGAUCCAAAGACCUUAACUUAUGAAGAACUCCUCGACAUGUUUUGGGCUAACCACGAGUACGGACUCACUACUAAACUAAAAAGACAGUACCAAUCUAUGAUCCUAUACCAUGAUGAAGAACAGCGUGAGAAGGCAGAGGCGUCACACAAAGCUAUGCAAGUCCGAUGCAAUGGGCAGCUGCGGACAGAAAUCGCACCUGCAGGCAUUUUUUAUCCCGCUGAAAACUACCACCAGAAAUAUAGACUUCAAGGUCACAAAGAUCUAUGCAGAAGCUUGGGUCUUGAUGCUUCAAAAUUACAAACUUCACACUUGGCGGCGCGCCUCAAUGGCUACCUCGUAGGAGUUGGCGGGAAAGCACAGUUCGAACAAGAAGUAGUUCGUUUAGGCCUGAGCGAGAAACAAGCGGAAUAUGUACGGCGUGAAUUGGAACGCAAUGAGGGUGGCGGCCUUGCGUGC